CGAGCAGUUCACCAUUUAUUUCUCUUAAUCAAAACUCAAGGAGAACAGACCCUCAAUGGUGAUGAUCAAACUUUGUAUCUUCCUGCAGUUGAUGGAAAGCUGCAUCCAUCAAGUUCACUCUACUACAAUGAUACAGUGUUUGAGAGCCAAAGGUUGAAGGAAGGACUGGAGGAUAAGUUCCUGUUGCUUGAGAAACUCAGUGAAUGUCAUCUGGGCAGUGACAUCUUUGAACAGCAUCAACUGGUCAAAAUGUUACCUCAGAAACUUCAGCCUAAAAUGUUGUCUCAGAUCACCGAGGAGAAAAUUGAAUCAAACAUGCAACUUUGUGAGCUUGGGAAUGGUUGUGAGUUCAGUGGAUGGUUUGAUCAACAUCUCUCCUCAGAAGGAUUCAAACAUGGACUCAUCUGUCUCCUCAGACAAGAGACGAGAGGCAAAAUAACACAACAAAAGGCAUCAGAGAUAUGUGAAAAGACAUUUGGCAACAUUCAGAUUGUAUGCUGUAAAUCUCUGAAAACGAUACUAUGUCUGGAUGAACAGCCAUUACUCAAAACUGUCAGAGAUACUGAUGUUUUUGUCAAAAAACAACAGCAAGGUUUCACCCUAUUCUUGAUACACAAUGAUAACUUGGCUCCUAAAGUUAUUAAUGAAGCUAUUAUGAUUUUCUUAAAGGAGAUUAAUAUUCUGCUCGGUCAUAAAAUUUCAUCAGUUCAUCUUCCAGUGCUUGGACAACUCCUUAUGUGCGACAGUCUGCAAGAUGUUCGGAAAACUCUGGCUAAAAAUGAAAUCUAUGACAGUUCUGUAACUGAAACACAAAUUAUCAGUCCACCAGACCCUGGGACAAAUAUUCCAGAUGAAUGGCUUGAUUCAUUAGACAUGAGCUUUCUGAACAACUUUGAAGAAGGGGAAUAUGUUGGCUACCGCAGAAACAACACAUACAUUUAUGCAGUUGUUGUUGAAGUACUUCCUGGUUGCUCUGGAAGAUGUUCCUGGAAAUACAAAAUUGAUAUUGGAGACGAUGAACCAGUAGAAGUCAGUCAUCUUGACCUAUACCAAUUUAAACGAGAAACGAAGGUUAAAAUAGGAGGAAUGAGAGAUACAUUUUCCAUGGAGCUUGGGGUACUGGUGGAAUCUGUGCCACAUUCUUCCCAGUCAGCACAAAGUUCUCUACCAAUUUCUCUAGAUGAAAUUAAAAAGGAAAUCGACAAAUGUGUGACUGAGAUCUCGACUCUUCCUGAAGAGGAAAGAAGGGAAGCUAUCAGGAGACUUUACCUCAAAUGGCAUCCUGACAAAAAUCCUGACUGCCAUUUACUUGCUACAGAGGCAUUCCAAUAUUUGCAACAUCGGAUUGAUGAACUCAACAAAGGCAGGGUUACGUUAUCCACAUCAUCUCCCAGCAGAUCUUCUAAUUUCAGAGACUUCUACCAGCAAUGGGACCAAGAAGCACAAUGUCACAGAAGUGGUCGAGAAAGAUUUUUUAGAUCUAGAGCAUCCCAUUCCUACAACUUUUGGACCCAUAACACAAAUAUUCCAAGACCAAACAAAGAAGAG